UGCAAAUAUUCGUUAACACUCAGUUAAACUAAAAGACACUUAAAGAAGGGAAAUAAGCGGGAAAAAGGAUAACUGGGGGAGAAUUAAAACUAGCAUAACUAUGUCUCAGUUGAACAAGUCUCCAAUUGCAAACUGUUUAUAAAAUAUGCACAGUAUUGUUAAGGCCUUUAUGUAAACAAGGUACGUCUCUAUACACGUAAAAGGAUGAAACACUGUUCAACCAUAUCUUUUUUUCUCUCUUUUUUAAAGCGGUAUAUUGAUAGCCACAGUUCCAGAACUUCAAAGAUUUCAUCGGAUACUAUACUAUUUCCAUUUUGUGUUAUGUAUAUAAUCUUGUUGUGAUUGAUGGUUUAGAUUUUACGAUAUCUUCCGCUAGGAAAUUACCUAAUCGAUUCCUACAAAUUGACUAUCCCAAUUAUUCUCAUCACACCGUAAUCGCUCUCCCAAAUUCCGCCAUUUUCCAUUUCUACAAAUUUCUUAACCCUAGUUGGGAUUCUAUUUUGAGUUGAGAUUACUCCUAACAAAAAAAGAGAAAUUCUUUGGCCCUUUUGAAUCUCAUGUCCACCGAAAUCACCUUCCCUAACCCAGUCAGAAGCGGUUGUGAGAAAAUUGGACGUCUCUCUUCCGAAGAGAGACUCCACACUGCAGCAUUAGGAGCAAGAUCACCAUUUGGAUAGAGCAUUGACUUCAGUGUUUUGUGGUCCAGAUGGCUAAGGGGGUUGAUCAUAUGCUCAAGAGGUAUAACCUCCGUCCUCGUCCUACUUGCAGGAAAGUGCAAUGUAAUGUAUCCCAUUGCGUCCCAGAAUCUAAGAGGCAUACCUUAUAUCCUCAUGCUAAUGAUCAGAAGAUACGGCGGAGGCCUUCUAUACCUUAUCUUUCGCCAGAAAUUAUCUUCAAUAUUCUUGUCUACCUUCCUGCUGACAUACUUUACAAUGUGAUGAGGUAUGUCUGUCGAGAGUGGUACAACAUCAUCUCUAGUCCUACAUUCAUUGAUGCACACCUCCUAAAGGUGGACAGGGGCAUGCUUAUCAAGCAAAUUUAUCCAGAUUGCAAUAUACAUUAUGUCAAAAUGGUGAAGCAUGAUCUUCCUGAGAUCAUUGAGGUAGCCUCUUCUCAUUUGCCAAGAUAUGGCAUAAGUAGUUGUAAUGGUUUGGUCUUGAUGGCUAAAAGUCAAGAGGAAAAUCGUUAUGUUGCAAAUUUAGUUACAAAGGAAGUUGUAACCCUCCCUCCUCCUUUAGCUGCAGCCAAGGCAAAUCCAAGUUUUUCGGGUAUAGGAUGUACUUGUUCAAAGAAAUAUAAACUGGUUGAGUUCUACUUUAAUCAUCAGGGGCCAUUGGAAGGUGGGAUACUGACUCUUGGUAUUGAUAGAGAAUGGAGGUACCUUUGCCGACGGAAUGAAACUAGGGAAAUUGACAAAUUUAGUUUCAUUGACUUGCUUUUCAAGAGGCCAAUUGCUAGUGCAGAAGGAAUUUUGCAUUGGACACAUUAUAAGCUUCCUUUGGUUCUUAAUUUAGAUCUCGAAACUGAGAUCCUCUACACUCGUGCCACUCCAAAAUGUUCCGAGAUGAAUAGGAGAACUUAUAUGGGAACUGGACGGUCACUUUGUUUCAUGGAUUACUUGGGAAAGUUUUCAUGGGAGCUCUGGUUGCUAAAAGAUGCAGAAACUGGAGAAUGGGAUAAGCUGGCCAUUAUUGAUCUAGGACCUCAGGAGAAAAUGCUUCGGCGCACUUUGUGUCCGACAGGAUUUCAAAUUGUGCCUGUUGGUUUCCUGAAAGAUGGGGAGAUUGCAGUCCUCUAUGUUGCACACGAAGAUGGGAUACCGCAGGAAAGGUAUUGCCGUCAUAAGACACAUCCAUCAAGAAACUGCAUUACGUAUAAUGUGAAGACAAGAGUGAUCAACUCAUUUCACUUGGAUAAGGGUAGCACUUUUGAAAUGAAUGAGAGUUGGAGGUAUACUCCGCAUGUCAAGAGCUUGGUUUCUCUAAAAUUUUCAGCUAAUUAGUUGCUUCUUUUUCUGUUCCAAAAAAAAAAAAAAGAUAUUGGUGUGAGAUGGAAGAAGAGGGAAGGGAGACUGGUUGGAACUAGAAUAGCAUCAUUGUUGUGAGAUGUCUUUCUUUCCCCAUUAAUUUAUCAAUGCCAUGAUCAUGAAGGAUUGGAUUAACUUAGUCGUAA